GUAAUUUUGCGGGAACAGAUGAAUGCAAUUCAGAUACAUACCUACAUGCAUACAGCCGUAUGCACAUAUGUACAUACGUAUAUGUGUAUAAACACAUAGAGGUAUGCAUACAUGAUCUUCUUGAAAAUUUAUUUGUCAUCAAUCUGAGUAUUGCGCGUUAAUGAGGAAGCAAAUGCAAACAAAGCUAUGUUAAAGCUAAGCUACUACAAUUCCAUGCGAAAUCUCUCUAAAGGUGACAAUUGUCAACAAAAUAAACUUACAAACUGUAGCAGACUACAACAACAACAACGGCACAAAGAUGAUGUUCACACGCGCCCAAGUGCGCAAACCAAAAUCAAAUGGUCACAGCAGCAGUCAGAGGCCGCAAGUGCGCACUUCCCAUAGACCUCACCUUAUGCAACAACAAUCACUAUAUGGAUGCGAUCCACUGUACAGACAUUCACCCCCUGGAGGAAAUAGUCGCAUUCGGGAUCGCGAUAGAGACAGGGAUCGGGACAGAGAUAGGGAUACGGACCGUGACCGAGACCGACACAAUGAACGCGACCGGGACUACAGUGGCGCUUACUACACCGAUCGCAGCAACUUCGGUGGUCACAAGCCCCAUUCGUACGAACUGCCUCGACAACACUCCAAAGACAAAGCCUACGCCCAGCUGUACGAUGACGAGAGCGAGCGGAGCACCAGCAGCAGUGGCGUCGAUUAUAUAGACCGGCGCACCCGACCGCGCAGCAUUACAAACCGACGCGGCGCCAUCAAACAGCUGAAAACACACGACUACAAUGGGCAUCGGUUUGUGGCCAAAUUCUUCCGACAGCCCACAUUUUGCGCAUUCUGCAACCUGUUCGUCUGGGGAUUCGGCAAGAAGGGGUACCAGUGCAUUACUUGUCAGACGGCGGUGCACAAGAAAUGCCACGAGAAGUUGCUGAGCAAAUGUUCGGGUUCCGUCUUCAACUCGGCCAGCACAAUCCUGCUGCACGAGCGUUUCAAGAUCGACAUGCCACACCGCUUCAAGCCGUACACUUUCAUGUCGCCGACUUUCUGUGACCAUUGCGGUUCUCUGAUGGCUGGCUUCUUCAUUCAGGGGUUGAAAUGCGAAGAGUGCGACGUAAACUGCCAUAAGAAAUGCGAGCAUUUAAUGGCCAAUUUAUGCGGCGUCAACCAAAAGCUGAUCGUCGAAGCUUUAGCUUGCGUCAAGCGAGGCGCACGCGAGGCCCGAGAAUCACCAAGUACACCGCCCAGUUCGAAUCCCGUUUACAAGAUCGAGGCCAACGACGAACAUGAUGAAACAUCGUAUACGUAUUCGCAAUUUCAAAAGUCGGGGCGCUUUACGGCGCCAGCUACCGUUAUUCCACGUUUCAAAAACUACUCAGUGGACGAUUUCCAUUUCCUUGCGGUGUUGGGCAAAGGCAGUUUUGGCAAGGUGCUGCUGGCUGAGCUACGCGACACCACCUACUACUACGCAGUCAAGUGUCUGAAGAAAGAUGUCGUUCUCGAGGAUGACGAUGUCGAUUCAACCUUAAUUGAACGCAAAGUGUUGGCAUUGGGCACCAAACAUCCGUAUCUGUGUCACCUGUUUUGCACAUUUCAAACAGAGAGCCAUUUGUUCUUCGUUAUGGAAUACCUCAACGGUGGGGAUUUAAUGUUCCACAUACAGGAGAGUGGACGUUUCCCGGAAGAACGCGCUCGAUUCUACGGUGCCGAAAUAAUAUCCGGUCUGAAGUUCCUACACAAGAAAGGCAUCAUAUACAGAGAUCUUAAGCUGGAUAAUGUGCUGCUGGAUUACGAAGGGCAUGUCCGAAUUGCCGAUUUCGGUAUGUGCAAAUUGCAGAUCUACCUCGACAAAACAGCGGACAGCUUUUGCGGAACACCAGACUACAUGGCGCCUGAAAUCAUAAAGGGCGAGAAAUACAAUCAAAAUGUCGAUUGGUGGUCAUUUGGUGUUUUGCUCUAUGAAAUGUUGAUUGGUCAAUCGCCGUUCAGCGGCUGCGAUGAAGAUGAACUAUUUUGGUCGAUCUGCAAUGAGAUUCCAUGGUUCCCCGUUUACAUAUCCGCAGAGGCCACCGGCAUUUUGAGAGGGCUACUCGAAAAAGAUUACACUAGGCGCAUUGGAUCUCAGUACAGCCCUGCUGGCGACAUCAGCGAGCACAUAUUCUUCAGACCCAUAGACUGGGAUUUGUUGGAGAAGCGGCAGUUACCGCCGCCCUUCAAGCCACUUGUGAAACAUCCAUUGGAUACGCAAUAUUUCGACCGCGUUUUCACCAAAGAACGCGUGCGACUGACGCCCAUCGAAAAGGAAAUUCUGCAGUCCAUGGACCAGAAACCAUUCAUGGGAUUCACAUAUACAAACCCACACAUCACCUUAGAUUAA